AUGCAGGAUUCGCUAACGAAGUUGACUUCUUUAGGUCUUAGUGAGCAAAAGGCUAAGGAAACCAUCAAAAAUGAAUCUUUGACAAUUAAUCUUCUAGCUGCUAUCCAAGAGGCCAAAAAAUUCGGAGGUGUGCCUUCCGAAAAAUGUUCACUAUUAUACCAUACUGUUUCCAAACUAAAGCCACAAAUAUCCAAUCAUUUACCACUAAUUGUUCAAUACAUUGUUGAAAAUAAAAUUGAUUCCAUUGUAAGAGCUGAUGCGGCUUUAGAUUUUUUUCUUUCCAAUGCUCACAAAGAAUUAGAUAUUAAAAAAUUUGAAGCAGAGUGUGGCAUUGGGAUUAAUGUGACACCUGAAGAUAUUGAGCUUGCUGUGGAAAAUGCUAUUAAUAAAAGCAAAAAUGAAAUUUUGGAGAAGAGGUAUCGAUUCAAUUCUGGCAUUUUGUUGCAGGAGGUAAGAAAUACAUUGAAAUGGGCUGAUUUCAGAGAUGUUAAAAAUGAAAUAGAUGUUCAAUUGCUUGACUUGCUUGGUCCCAAAACUGAGGCAGAUUUAGUUCCUCCAGACAGUAAAACUAAAAAGAAGGGAAAAGAAAAAAAUGAACCGAAGAAGACGAAAACCCAAGAUAGCCCACCACCACCAAAGACUGAGGCGAUCACUAUUAAUGAUAUGAUUAGUAAACUUCAACUUCAUAAGCCAGGUGAAAACUUUACAACAGAUGGUUAUGUCGUUACGCCUAACACAGAAAAAAUUAUAGCUGAACACUUAAAAAUUACUGGUGGUAAAGUUAGAACAAGAUUUCCUCCAGAACCUAAUGGUAUUCUCCAUAUAGGCCAUGCUAAAGCAAUAAACAUUAAUUUUGGCUAUGCUGCUUACCACGGGGGUAUUUGUUUUUUGCGCUUUGAUGAUACAAACCCAGAAAAGGAAGAAGAAAAAUUCUUUAAAGGAAUCAAGGAUAUGGUUGAUUGGCUUGGUUAUAAACCUUUCAAAAUAACAUAUUCAUCAGAUUAUUUUGAUAAACUUUAUGAAUGGGCUUUAGAAUUAAUUAAACUAGGUCAUGCAUAUGUUUGUCAUCAAAAGCAAGAAGAAAUAAAAGGUUUUAAUCCUCCUCCUUCUCCUUGGAGGGAUAGGCCCAUUGAGGAAAGUUUACUAUUGUUUGAAGAUAUGAAGAAUGGCAAAAUGGAAGAAGGAGAAUGUACGUUAAGGAUGAAAAUCACUCUUGAAGAAGGUAAACAAGAUCCUGUUGCUUACAGAAUCAAGUAUCAGCAUCAUGUAAGAACUGGAAAUAAAUGGUGUAUAUAUCCAACUUAUGAUUACACUCAUUGUCUUUGUGAUUCUCUUGAACACAUUACUCAUUCUUUAUGCACCAAAGAAUUUCAAUCAAGGCGUUCAGCCUAUUACUGGCUCUGUAACACUCUUGACAUCUAUUGUCCAGUUCAGUGGGAAUAUGGGCGUCUCAACAUGAACUAUACUGUUGUUUCGAAGAGGAAAAUUGCUAAACUAAUAGAAGAAAAUAUAGUAAAUGAUUGGGAUGAUCCUAGACUAUUUACUCUUUCUGCUUUAAGAAGGCGUGGAUUUCCUCCACAGGCAGUAAAUAAUUUUUGUGCCCGAAUGGGUGUUACUGGGGCUCAAACAGUUGUUGACCCAGUUAUGCUCGAAGCUUGUGUCAGAGAUGUACUAAAUACUACAGCCGCGAGAACCAUGGUUGUGAUUGAGCCAUUAUUGAUAGAAAUAACUGAAGGUAUCAAAGAUGAUCAAUUGGUUGUACCUGAUUUCCCAGCAGAACCUGAUAAAGGUAGUCACCAAAUCAAGCUAUGUAAUCAAAUAUACAUUGAAAGGUCUGAUUUCAGGGAGACCUCUGAACCUGGUUACAAAAGACUCUCACUACAGCAGCGUGUUGGUCUUCGUUACACACCUUACGUAAUCAAAGUAGUAGAGGUUGUCUAUGACAAUUCUAAAGCCAUUAAAAAACUAAUUGCCCAUGCUGAAGUAACAUCCAAUGAAAAUAAGCCCAAAGCCUUCAUCCAUUGGGUGUCAGAUCCUUCAGAAAUCACAGUCCGCCUGUAUGAUAACUUAUUUACACAUAAGAAUCCUGAAGAUCCAGAAGAAGUACCUGGUGGAUUUCUAUCAGAUGUUACUAAAAAUUCUCUGGUUGAACAGAAGGCAUAUUGUGAUGGUUAUCUGAUAAAAUUGGCUAAACCGUUUACUCAAUAUCAAUUUGAAAGAAUAGGAUAUUUCAGUGUCGAUCCUGAUUCCCAAGGAUCAAAUGUUGUAUUUAAUAGAACUGUGUCUCUAAAAGAAGAUUCAGGGAAAAAUUAA